AUGUUGCCGCCCGCCCCAAUGACAACGACGACCGCGGCAACGACCGCGGCGACGACGACCCUGAAGCCGACCAAGAAGAAGAAGAAACCAGGCCGCACCCCGAGCCUCAUCUGGCAGCUCCUGACCGACGAGCCCGACCCGCAGCGUCGCAACGCGGCGUCCUGCAAGCACUGCAAGCACCAGGUGCUGUACUACAAAAAGUCCGAGCAGGCGAUCCGCCACUUGAAAAAGUGCCCCGCGUUCCAGGACCUGCAGCACCAGUUCUCCUUUGUCAAUCAGUUUGCCGACGUGCUGCCGCUCUACAAUGAAAAGAUCAAUGCCAAAGGGCCCGUGAAGAAACGCGUCAAGUCGGAGACGCCGAUGCCGCCGCAACAGGCGGUGGCUCAGGCACAGGCUCACGUGCCGCCAGUGGACGUGCAGCAAGCUCUGCAGGACCAGCUGCAGCAAGUGCAUGGACCGCUGACCUGCACGAGCAGUGCACUGAACCAAGCAGCCGUGCAACAUGCACAAGUGAUGAACCAAAUGGCAAUGCAGCAGAGCAUGUCGGAGAGUCUAGUGGACGUUGGAAUGGCUUUGAAAGACGAGUCGGGGCACAAAUCGGACACAGCGAUGAAAGACAGGAGCGGAAAGUACUUGCCGCUGUCGAGCACGCAGAGUGACAUGUUUGAAGAAGCCAUGGCCAUGCAUGCUUACGCGACAGGCAUGGCCUUUGAGGCUAUUGAGGACUCGCAUUUGGCCCGAGCUGUGACUCUCUUGCGACCAAGCGUAAAGUUGCCAGAGAAGAAAAAACUAGGGGGAGAGCUAAUGAGUCGUUGCUACGAAAAGAUUCACAAACAGGUGUGGGGAUACCUCACCACUAGUUCUGCGCGGGUGUGUCUGCAGAGAGAUGCGUGGUCCAAUUUAAAUUUGUAUCAUUCGAGCAACCCAGAGGAUGCCUUUGUGACGUACAUGGCGGUGAACAAUGAAAAGAGAUUUUUUCUGGAGUCCGAAAAGACUGCUGGAAAUGAAGCACAACAUAAUUCGAUCAUGAUUGCACAAGACAUUAAACGAAUGAUGCAGCCGAUUGUGAGCAAUGUAAGUGGAGUGGUGACUGGUAGCACAGUGUUUCACUCGCGAGCGUGGGAUAUGCUGAAAGCAGAGUACCCGACCAAAUUUUUCUAUGGCUGCAUCUGUCACGCACUGCAUCUUGCAAUUAUGGACAUUUUUGGUCCUGAGAAAUCGCUUGAAAACGAUCCCAGGCGGGUUACUCCGCAAGUUCCGAUGGAUUUUCCGUUUCAAGACCUCGUCGAGCUGAACAACAGCUGCAACGAAUUGUUUUUGUUCUUCAGUAGCUAUCAGUUUGCACCCAAAUACAAGACGUUCGACGCCCAGGUGCUUCACACCAUGAAAGGUUUUGCGAACAUGUCACACAUUAUGUCCUGGGGCACACUUGCGGCACGGUUCCGAAUGUUGGUACAACUGGAAGACGUGCUUCAGACUAUUGUAAGCGACUCUAAAUUUGUCGGACCCGAAUCGCCGGAAAAUCAAUGCGUCGUCCGUCAUAGCAUAAAGAGCUUUAUGCUGAGUAUAAACAGGAAGAUGACGUUGGAGAAGGCGAUUACAAUACUUACGCCUAUCGAGCUCAUUUUGUACAAGUUCCAAGACGACCGUGUUCCGAUUUCGGAGGUAUACUUUGAGUCUAAACACCUGCUGACCGACUUUGAUGCAGUCUUCGGUUUAACGACGGUUGAGCUGGAAUACAUCAAGAGGGUAGUCACUGAGAGGUGGCAGUACGUAUUGAGUGAAGCCCAUGGUCUAGCUUUUUUGCUAGAUCCACGGUACAUUGGCAAGUCCAUGACGCGUGACUAUCGCGAGCAGAUUGAAGAGCUUAUCUUUAACUUCCCCGAGACAGACCAAGACACGGGCGUUAAUGAAGAGCGGAGGCGAGCGAUGGCAGCAGAGUAUGUCGAUUACGUCAGCUACGCUAAGAACCAGCGCAACAACCGCACGUACAAGUGGGAGAUGCUAGAGAAAGGCAAUCGCACGCCGCUGCAAUUUUGGCAGAUAGACGCUGAAGAUUGGCCGCACCUUAAGUCGCUCGCCCUCACGCUUUUUUCGUUAGCGCCCAGCAGUAUUGGCUCUGAGAAAUCGCUAUGCAUGAGCACAUUGGCACAGUCCCGUCACCGUAACAAGCUUGCUUUUGAAGAGAUGCGUCGCCUGGCUUUCAUCUGCAUAAAUGACUCCCAAUUCCCGGGUGGUGAAGCGCAAACUAAUACCGUAUCCGAUUUUGCCGUGGGAGACACGGCGCUGUCGCCCGACGGAAUGAUGAUGUGGAUGAUUUGA